AUGAGCACGUUAUUUACGUAUGAAAAGCUUGGUCUGUUUAGCUGUUCACUUACUCUAACCCUGUAUUCAUUGUAUAACAUGAACUUAACAUCGUUGAUAAUUAGCUCCUAUUUGGCAUCUCGAAUAACAGAGAGUGUAACACCAGCUCUGAUGCUUAAGUGCCCGGAGUGCUAUGGCUUUGAAGGGAUUGAGUAUGCUAGACGAGCUGGAGUCUUAAGUCAUUGGCCCAUAUGGCAGGGGAUGAGUGCCGUAAUUGUUAAAUCAUUAUUUGACUCCCUUAAUGGUGGUUGUAAUAUUUUAGCCGCAGGGGUUAUAAUUUCAAAUUUUGAUGAAGAACUAGAUUCAUCUGUCGUUAACGUUUCCAGUAUCAUUAAUAGAAUUAGCAUUCAACUUUCUACUCGUAAUUACCUUCAGUUAAUACAAGAUGCAAAUUAUUUGUGUAUAGUAUUGUUAGGAUUAUUAACAGUAACAUCAGAGAAUUUACAAAGGAUAUACACAAAAAAAUUGAUUGCUAUAGUCUUAGUAACAAAAAUUAUCCUUUCCUACAAAAUUCUUCUGAUGAAGUCGAUUAUUAAGCCAAAGUAA